AUGAUUUCUCAGAUCUCUAGUCGUUCUCUGGAAGAUAGCGCCGAACUCAGUUCCGGGCUGGCGUCCCCGACAUCCCGCCUGUCAAACUCGUUCCAUUACGACAAAGAGCUUUUAAGGCAAUGCCACACCUACAUUGAACAGAACAAUCACCAUGGGCUUGCCCUCAUUGCCCGCCAGAAAGGUCUCCCACCAUUUCUUCGUAGCAAGGUGUGGCCCAUUCUACUUAAACAUCACCCCUUCGUGGCUCACCCUUUCAUUCAACCAGAUAAUGUGCCCUCCACCGCUGACCAGGCCAAAUCUACCGACUCUCAGCUUCAACAGAGUAUCCGAAAGGACCUCAGACGUUACAUGCAUGGUAUUGCACACAGCUCUGCUGAAGAGCCUCUCACGGAAAGAGAGCUGGAAAUCUUUGAUAUUUUAGAGCGGGCAAUCAAAAAGUUCGUCGGUAAAUGGGGCCAGAUCAUUAAGUACGAUCCAGCAUUGACAUGGAUUGCUUUGGGUCUCGCUGAAUGGUGCCCUCCUAUACCUAACACACCUUGGGUUUUGCUUGGCAGAGAUGUUUCUUCUCAAGAAAAGACUUGUGUGGGCUCUGUUUACGAAGAGUACGAAAAGUACAUCAGAGCCAUCCCAGAGCUUCAAAAUCUAUUACUGGAUAACCCGGAAGAUCAAUGUACACCCAAUUUGCGCUUCCACGAAGUUUACGAAAGAUUAGCAUUGGUCUUGUUACACUCGCCUGAGUCUGCAAACAAGCGUAAAAAUAACAAAAAAUCAUUCAAGGUUGACAAAUUCUCCUUGCCCAUAUCUGGAGGAACGAUCGAAGAGCGAGUCUCUUUUUUCAUCCACAUUUUUCAGAAACUUUUACCUGAGUUAUCCGACUACUUCCAAGAUGAGCAGAUCCUCAACAAAUUCGGACAACAAGAAGAUGGCUGGCUCAUCUGGUGGCUCAAAUUCUGUGGCUCCAAAGUUUGGUCAAGAGUUGACAGAGGAAGGGUCUGGGAUCUCUUGUUAGGCUGGCGUCUACAAAGCAAGAAGCUAGAAAGUAACAAGAAUUACUAUUCCGACAAACUACACAUCUCUGACGAUCUUCUCAACAAGUUGGGCCCCGACGUCUUUUGGUCUGUCGAUCACAACGAGGACAACACGGUGAGAUUAUCGAAGGAUGACUCUUUCAAGGAUUUGAUCAACGACUUGCAUAUCGAUUGGAAACAAUCUCCCUCUUCAUCUUCCUCGGAAGGACCACUGCCCAUGCUGUCUCCCCCAGAUCAAAAGAUUCUUGAGUCGUUUUCUGAAGCCGCUAAACCAGCGAUUCCUUUCUGUAAGCUUGACCCUCAUAUUGAGCUCAUUUUCGUCUCAUUGGCUCUCAUGAAGGCAAAAGAGAACAUUUUGGUCGAGCUCGACCAACAUGAGAUUAGAACGUAUUUGUCUCGUUUACCCGCAAAGUCAUACAAUCUGAGCAAUAAGUAUAAGGAGUAUCAAGUUCAGAACGGAAAAGACGUGAAUGAACAAGUUGGUGAAGGCUUCAAGUAUGACUACAUGGAUAGCAUUAUUUACGAAGCUGGCGAGCUCUGGCGCAAGUGGCUUUGGAUGGGAAUGAAUGGAGAAAAUUAA